AUGGCUCCAAAGAGAAAGGCAACUGUGGGGGAGCCAUUGCAGACCCGUGUAACCCGAAGCCAAACCAGGAAUGGCAACUCGAAACCCGUUUCAGUUGACCCGGUUUCACCAAAACCAAAACGGGUCAAAAAGGGUACCGUUUCUGAGGCGAAAUCGAAAGUGAAGGCUCCGGUUGAUUCCGGGUCGAAGAAGAUUGUUGUUGUUGAGCACUGUACACAGUGCAGUCAGUUCAAGAUACGGGCUGUGAAAGUGAAGGAGGAGCUGGAAAAAGGGGUACCCGGUUUGGAGGUUCGGGUCAACCCGGAAAAGCCGAGAAGGGGUUGUUUUGAAAUCCGGGUCGAUGGUGUAAAGGGGGAGAAGUUUGUUUGCCUUUUGGAUAUGAAGAGGCCAUUUGGACCUAUGAAGGCACUUAAUAUGGACAAGGUCAUUUCUGAAAUUAUUGAGAAAAUUAAGUGAUUAAUUUUAAUUUUAUUUUGUUUAAUGGGGAAAUUUAGUG